AUGGGACGUCGCGGAAUCGCGAAGGGCGGAAGCAAGGGGGCCGGCAAGGCCGGCGAGCAACCCAAAGAGUCGCAGUACGUCAAGCGUGUGGACUUGUACAAGUUCUUGGGCAAGUGGAUGUUGCGUUCCUAUCCGGACGAAAGGGGAAGGCCUCUCAUGCUGGGCGCGAAAAAGUCCACUGCACAAGCGGCGCUGGAACCCGAAGCCUUGAGGGCCAUUCUGGAUGCCGACUGCUGCGAGCUACUCCGACGCCCCACCAUGGGGCUCAACCUCGCGGCCGCUUCCAUAGACUGUGCGGCUUUGCUCGGGCCGGUGCUGCAGGAGAAGAUGGACAGUCUGUUGCCGAAGGUGACCUCGGCGACCUUCCUGGACAAGGUACAAUUCCUGAACCUGGCCCGCAACGUGGACCGGAAUCCGGAGGAUGUUCCGGAGCAAUGCAAGAGUCUGCUGAAGAAGGUGAAGCACUUGGUGAGGGAUCACGGGGAAGAUCUGGCCGCAGCGGCCGAAGCAGCGGCGGGAGUCUUCCUGGGGCUCAUGAGCAUCCUGGAGGUGGCGGCGGUGUCCAAGGAUAUGCGCGCGUGGGCCAAGGGCGUGCCAGAGCGCAGGAAGCAGAGCAAGCACCUGCAAGCUUGGCUCCAGGACCCCGACGACGAGGACAAGUUCUUGGCAGCCGUCGCCAAGGCCGUGAAGGAAGACAACAAGAACACCACGCGGGCUCGGCGCUUCGGCGAGUUCGAGAUGCAGGCAGAGGACACGUCGUCCUCCCUCACGUUGCUCAGCAGUCAGGAUGACAGCCCCUCGUCGUCGGUGCUUCGCGCGAGCAAGAAGAAGCGCGGCAAAGGCAAGAAGCAGACCAAGGCAAAGACAUCGAAGAAGGCGAAGAAGAGCAAGCAGCGCAAAGAGGCAUCUUCCUCGCAGGACGCCGCUUCGCAGCCCAGCUCUCGCGAGACCGAGCCCGCGCCGAAGAAGCGCAGGCCCAGUGCGCGCGCCAGUGGCUCCAAAGUCAAAAAGGCCAGGGUGGGCAUAUCGGUGGAGUCCGAGUCGGCAGACAGCGAGCAGCUGCAGGGACAACUCGCGGGCAAGGACCUAUGCAAGACGUGGUCGCUGUCGGAGUUGCAGGCCUUCGAAGAGAUGGCAGCGCAGCAGGUCACCGCGGCGGACAACGCCGUGCUGGAGGCGGAGCAACGCCUGGCCGUGAGCAAAGCCCUCCCCGCGGAGCUUCGCCGAAUGGUUUGGGAGCGUGCCGGACUGUUGCCGAGCACAGAAAACGAGGAGGUGCUCAAGGCGAACGCGGAGCGCCUCGUGAAGCAUACGUUCCAGAUGGUCAAGGAGGUGCGCCUGGCGUGGGUACAAGCCGCGGUCCAGGAAGACAACAAGAAGACGAACAUCGCCCUGCUGCCGGAGGACAAGCUGUUCCACCAGGUGAUGACGGAAAGGCUCCCAGAGGAAAACCGUGCGGCAUGGGAGGCUGCCCUAAAGGAAGACUCGCCCGAAAGCUUGCACUCGCGUGCGGUGCUUCUCAAGGGAUUGUGGGACGCAGACGCAGCAGUCGCCAACUACAACAAAGCCCUGACCUUCGCCGAGGCAUUUGCCACGAAGGAGCCCAAGAAAGACAAGGCCUUGGAUCUCGUGAACUUGAUUCCGACCACGGUGGCCGCCGCCUUCGGACUUCCGCCAUCGGAAAAAUUCGAGCGCCAGAAGCCGGCGAACUGGAAGAGCUAUUGCAGCGUGGCCUUCACGCUGUCCUGGCACAUUUUCAAGAGCCAUGCGGAUCUGAGCUAG